AUUUCAACUUCAGUUUUACAUUUUGAUCCGUCUGAUGAUGUAAUUUUUUAGAUAUUAAAUGAUUGAUGUUUUCAUCAGUUAUCAGUACAUGAGUAGCUUUUUUACCAAGUAUUUCUUUACUGGAGUAAUUUCUUGAAUGGCUAGGUUUUACUUUCACUUGAGUAAAAAGAUGUUGAAGUAUUUUUUGGGUACACUAUCCGCCUCUAUAUAAUUGUUACGCUGCUCUUGUUUGUGUUCCAGAAGACGUUAGCGAAGGUGAAAUAAUUUAUUUGAGCAAUGUUAUUGAUACUUUCUUUUACAGGGCAAGAACAGCAAUUCAGCACUGUAGCGGUGGUGAACAGAUCGGUUGUGGCUCGCUGGCUGUGUUUGCAGAUGUGAGAUGAACUGGGUCAGACGAUGUGUGGACCGGUCCUCCCCCUGGGUCUGCUGCUGUGGAUCCUACUAGCAGCACGAGGUGUAGCAGCCGUGGUCCAAACUCAGCAGACUGUGUCAGCCGCACUGGGAAAAGAUGCCACUUUCAUCUGUCAGCUCCUGGAAACUAAAGUUGUCUCGCAGGUCACCUGGCAGAAGGUCUCGGGGAACACAGAGAGGAAUAUCGGCGCUUACUCCGAGAAAUUUGGUCCAUCGGUGUAUCCAGAAUAUAAAGAUAAAGUUCAGUUUACGGAAGCUGGACUGCAGAAGAACUCCAUAGUUAUCAGGAACGUCACAGAGCAGGAUGCAGGAUGUUAUCGCUGCCUGUUCGCCACCUUCCCUGAUGGAAAUCUGAUAGGGAGAACCUGCCUGAAGGUUUAUGGGUCGUCUGAAUAUUCUGCAUCGUAUGACAGAGGCGUCAGUAAGUUCACAGUCAGAUUCUCAAAUGAGUUUUGUUUUUUCUUUUUUUUUUUCCUUUUGCUGAACCACACGUUUUCUUCCUACAGCAUGGCUUUCUACUGCUGCAGCAGUGGCAGCCUGGAAUUUUUUACUGUCCUGCUUGUACUAGGAAUAAGAAAAAAAACUUUCAAAGGACGCCACAGAAAAUGCAAGCAUGUAAUUCAUUCCUCAGUAUCACAGAUAGAUUUAUGGUCUUUUACCAGGAAUUACUAUGCUGGACAUCAAGGAGGACCUGACCAAAGCAGCUGAAGAAGAAUUGUACUUCCACCAUUAGUGGAACCAGCCAGACUUUCCUUCUUGAGCAAACAGCAGCUCUUUCCAAAUGUCACUGUAAUGCAGGAAUUCCUGACACACGCAGAGUUCAAGGAGAGACUGAUUGUUGUUGAAUCUUUUGCACAACUGUGCAUCACUAGCAACUCUGUAUUUAAUCUGUUGCUUUCAGUGACCUUUGUGUCUUUGCCUGGGUGUUACUUCAGGAUUUGUAAGAACGGAUGUCUUCUUAAAAAGAUCCACUGAAUCUGUAAAAAAAUAAAAAUAAAUAAAGAGAGGAAAUGGUGGCUUUAGCAGUAUUAAACUUCAUGCAUCAUAACUCUGCUUUCAAAAUCAGAGGGAAGUCCGCAGUGAGAUUUAAACAGUAAAGAUAUUCAUUGCUUAAAUCAAACAUCUGCUAAUGAAGAAAGACUUUACAAUUACAAAUACUUUUUUUAAAAAUUCGACAAAUUGUUCCCAGUUAAAGAAUCAAACUGUCAUGUCUUUAUGAUGCCGACAUGAAUGUAUGUCGGAUUUUUGCUGAGGAGAAAAAGAACAUGCUUUUGUUUGAAUUGCCUCAUUAAUGUGAAUUUAGCUCAUAGAUGUUCUCAAGAAAUAAUUUUAAAUAAGUAAUGACUUAAGA